GCCAUUUUGUGUGAUCCCAUCAUGCAUUACGUUAACUGGUAUUCCUCAUUCCAUACGCGUUUCGUCGAAAACCGUGCGUUUGGCCACCAGUCAAGAUGGCGGCGUCCAUGGGUUUAUUUUUGUUUCAUAAUGUAAUUUGAUCGUGCGCGGUACUAUACCCGUGUAGCGAUUUAGGCCUAUUGCCUUGACCCGAGAGAGUACUUCCGCGAUGAUUGACUUGGCAGAUAUUCCGGCUGGCCUGGGGAAAGUGCUACGUUGGCAAAGUUUUGGAAAGUUCACAGGUUUAGUCCUAUGCAUAAACUGUUCAACGGCGUGCGUGGCUGCGCCAUGAUUGAGUUCGAUAGCGACUAGCGCCUAGCGGUUGUGAAACUGAAAGUGAAAAGUAUAUGCCGCGCCGAAAGUUCGCCUAAUAAUUCGAGAUGGCACUUGGAAAGAGCCCUCUAUGACCUCAUCCCCCUUAGACAAUUGACCCUCUCAGAAUUGCAACAGGUCAUCAGGCGACAGUCCAGUUGAAAAUUUAAGGUUCUGAAAGGCAUGGGUAGGAAGACCAAACCAGGCAUGGCAAAGAUAAUGUUUAUUAUGCCUUGCGUCUUCAUUAUUUUCAUCAUAUACAUCAUCUCAACAUGCAAUGAUGGAUCCAGCAACCAGAGCACCAAGCCGGUGACAUGUGAGCCCCAUCAAUCCAGCCACCAAGAGGGGGACAAGAACGCCCCGCGGCCCAAGAAAAAACUGUCCUCUUUCCUGGUGGUUCUCAUCAUGACGGGCCCUCAGCUGGUGGAGCGACGCUACACGAUCCGAGAGACCUGGCUGCAGAAGCACGGCAAGGACGUCCUGCCCAAGUUUGUGGUGGGCACGGCAGAGCUCAAGGAGUCGGACAAGAAGAUGCUGGACUCUGAGCAGGCUCGCCACAAGGACUUGCUCUUCCUGCCCAAACUCAAGGACUCCUUCGGGUCGCUCACCAACAAGCUCCUCCAAAUGCUGACGUGGUUGGACAGAAAUGUCGACUUUCAGUAUGUACUGAAGGCCGACGAUGACACGUAUGUCCGACUGGAUGCGGUGGUCAAAGAACUGAAGUCGAAGAGCAAAGAGAAGCUGUAUUGGGGGUUCUUUGACGGGAGGGCACACGCUCACCGCACCGGUCGCUACGCUGAAACAGACUGGGUUCUGUGCGAUCGGUAUUUGCCGUAUGCCAUGGGCGGGGGUUACGUGCUCUCGUCCGAUUUAGUCAGCUUCAUCGCAAACAAUGCCCAGUACUUGAAGCGGUACCAUGCUGAAGAUGUCUCUGUUGGCUCCUGGCUGGCAGCCGUUGACGUCAAGCGCGAGCACGACCCCCGAUUCGACACGGAGUUCAAAUCCCGUGGCUGCCGCAACGUCUACAUCGUUACACACAAACAGUCGAUACAGGACAUGAGGUCCAAGUAUCAACAGUUACAGACGACGGGCAAGAUGUGUGCCAAGGAGCAACAGUUUAGGUUAUCCUACGUCUACAACUGGGAGAAGGUGCCCACGGAGUGUUGUGAACGAGUGGAAGGGGUACCUUAAGGAGGCCAUGCUAGGGCAUAGAGGGUUCUCUUAAAGAGUCUGCCAAAAUUUAACUUCCAAUAUUAUCAGGGGUCUACAUGUACUUGCAUGUAACAACGUGUUCAUGCCACUCUACUUGCCAUUUUUAUAUCAAUAACAUGUGUAGCGUCUUUAAAUCAUUGCUUUCAACGAAUGUUUGGUCCAGUUAACCGUCAGUCUUCCUUAUAGUCUUCCAUCGUUCCAUUAUUUUUUAGCAGAAGGGCAAUUCUGUUAAUUCAGCUGUACAAUGUUCAUGUCAGACACUUUAAUGAGUUAUUGUAUGAAAAAUGAAUGUGAUACAUCACUAAUAUGGCAUCUAAAGAGUAGAAAACAAUGGGAGACUUUGGAGACGUUGGUGGCUGCAAACACACCGGUCCUUCUUCAUUUGUUUACGUCAUGUUAAAAGCUAAGGCGGGCAUGCUCAAACAAUGGAAAAAGAAUGGGUGUGUUUGCUGCCACUGAUGUCUAA